AUGCCUGCAGAAGGUUACCGACGCCUCCGCCGACGUUUUGAUUCGUCCACGCCUCCGCCCGUUGUGAAUAAUCAUACACUGAAGCAGCUCUAUACUCCCCGACGCUCUGCCCUCUUCGCCGUGCUCGAUUUCUUCAAGAAAAAGCAGUUUCACGCGUCUCUUAAAGACCUAAAUGAUGUAUUUAUGGUUCCAGUCUCAAUAGCGUCAGACAUCAUCAAGAAUAGACGCGUCCGUCGCUGGGGACACGGUAAAGACGAAGAAGAGACUCGCGGACGCCCUCGACAGCUCACUAGAGUAGAAGUCAACGCUAUAUAUACGUAUAUUGAUCGCUAUGCAUUCGAAGAAAAAGCCCUUACAUAG